AUGGUCAACUCUUGUGGCUCUGUCUGCUCUGAGGAGGGCUGUGGCCAAGGCUGCUGCCAGCCCAGCUGCUGCCAGACCACCUGCUGCAGGACCACCUGCUGCCGCCCCAGCUGCUGUGUGUCCAGCUGCUGCAGGCCCACCUGCUGCCGCCCCACCUGUUGCAUUUCUAGCUGCUGCAGGCCUUCCUGCUGCCGCCCCAGCUGCUGUGUGUCCAGCUGCUGUCACCCCAGCUGCUGCAUCUCCAGCUGCUGCCGCCCCUGCUGUAGCAGUUCUAGCUGCUGUGGAUCCAGCUGCUGCCGUCCCAGCUGCUGCAUUUCCAGCUGCUGCAGACCUUCCUGCUGUCGCCCUAUUUGCUGUGUGUCCAGCUGUUGCAGGCCCUCUUGCUGCAUCUCCAGCUGCUGCAGGCCCACCUGCUGCCGCCCCAGCUGCUGUGUGUCCAGCUGCUGCAGACCCCAGUGCUGCAUCUCCAGCUGCUGCCGCCCCAGCUGUUGCCAGACCACCUGCUGCCGCCCAGCAUGCUCUAGUGGUUGCUGUAGCCAAGGCUGCUGCCAGCCCAGCUGCUUCCAGACCACCUGCUGCAGGACCACCUGCUGCCAGCCCAGCUGCUGCCAGACCACCUGCUGCAGGCCCAGCUGCUGUGUGUCCAGCUGCUGCCGCCCCAGCUGCUGCGUGUCCAGCUGCUGCCGGCCCAGCUGCUGCAUUUCUAGCUGCUGCCACCCCUGCUGUAGCAGUUCUAGCUGCUGUGGAUCCAGCUGCUGCCGUCCCAGAUGCUGCAUUUCUAGUUGCUGCAGGCCUUCCUGCGGUCGCCCUAUUUGCUGUGUGUCCAGCUGCUGCAGACCCCAGUGCUGCAUCUCCAGCUGCUGCAGACCUUCCUGCUGCCGCCCCAGCUGUUGCAUUUCCAGCUGCUGCAGGCCCACAUGCUGCCGCCCCAGCUGCUGUGUGUCCAGCUGCUGCAGACCCCAGUGCUGCAUCUCCAGCUGCUGCCGCCCCACCUGUUGCCAGACCACCUGCUGCCGCCCAGCAUGCUCUAGUGGUUCCUGCUGCUGA